CUGAGUUUUGUUACCCCUUAACAACUGCAACACAACAACAGUUUGAAGCUCCAGAAACACAAACAAAUCUGUCACUCCAGCAACAACCAUUAUUUAAAACUUAAAAUAACCAACAACUACGCAGUCUACAUCACAAUUUCGUGUAGUCACCGGGAGAAGAAACCUCUCAGAUCAUCUGCAAUGGAAGUCAGUAUAUCCCCAGCCAUAAGCAUCAGCACCCGAUCACAAGUUCUGUGUGUUGAGUUUUCCCCCUUUGAAUGGUCACGGGGAUUACUUGCUGUUGGUCUCCCAAACUCUGUAGCUGUAUACUCCUUCAAAUUUAAGGAAGAAGGAGAUGGCAGUAGUGAAGAAUAUGAGCAAGUAUGGGAAUGGCAUGUAUCAAGCCAGCCAAUAUCCAUGUCUUGGAGCCCAAGUUCCACACUGAGGGCAGCACCCUGCUGCCUUCAGAUAGCUGUGGCCUCAGCAGACAACACAGUCAUGCAAAUUUCAUCUGAUUUAGGAGAAACUAAUACGGUACAGGAUAUACUUAGUCAUAGUGACUUUGUAAACAGUGUGACUUACAAUGGAGACAGUGGUACAUUUGUAGCAUCCACGGGAGAUGAUCUUACUGCUCGUGUGUGGGAGAGUUCUUCGCAGAUGCAGAUUGCUAAGUUCCUAUUAACUUCUCCAGGUAUGGUUUUGUUUUCCCCCUGAAGAUCCCGAGUACUGCUGGGGCAGAGAAGAAAGGGUUCUGAAGUAUAUUCUGAAAGCAGUGGAUGUUCCACGCUCUUCUUGCGAUGCCGUGGUCCCCUCUUGAGUGCUGAUUGGUCCAUCCCAGACCCUGCCCUUAUAGUUGCUGCUGGGGUGAAGGGCCUUACAGUGUGGAAUGUUGCUUCUCUGCAACCACACAGUGAUGCAGUGGAAGUUGGGAGCGGAGAGAGAGUAUUGAGUGUACAAGUAUGUCGGUCGACACCUGGCUUGGUGGCCACUCAUGCCACCCCACAUACUGUUCGUGUCACUCACCUUCACUCAAAUAAAGUUCCUAUUGCUGCUCACUUGAAGGUUGUUGGAGGCAUGAGCUGGCACCAGAACCUUCCAUAUUUAGCUGUUGGAUCAGACCGAAAAAUUCUCCUCUGGAAAAUUGAUAAUGUUUAAAUCGUAAAGGUAUCUUGUACAUACAGAUGGGAUUCUUGAGAUGUUUUCCAGUUAAGAAAAGGAACAAUAAAUGUCCAAGUGACUUGCGCAGGAGAAUAAAAUUUUGAAACUUUGUAAA